UUGCCUUAUCUGUUACAUCGGGAAAAGGGAGAAGCUUUUCUGGAGGACCCUUUUUACCCUUUUCAAACUUUCCAUUUGCAGGUUUUAAAAACCCCUGUAUCAAUGGAUAUGCUUGGAUGCAUUUUCAAUGGAUCAGGAAGACCGAUAGACAAUGGUCCUCCUAUAUUGCCUGAGGCUUACUUGAAUAUUUCAGGAAGUGCAAUCAACCCUAGCGAGAGAACCUGUCCUGAAGAGAUGAUUCAGAUGGGGAUAUUUACGAUUGAUGUCAUGAACUCCAUCACCCGAGGACAGAAGAUUCCUCUCUUCUCUGCUGCUGGGCUUCCUCAUAAUGAAAUAGCCGCCCAGAUUUGUCAUCAGGCUGGUCUAGUGAAGUGGUUAGAGAAGUCUAUAAAUCUCAUGGAGGAUGGAGUGGAGGACAAUUUUGCCAUUGUUUUUGUAGCUAUGGGAGUCAACAUGGAGACAGCUCAGUUCUUCAAAUGUGAUUUUGAAGAAAAUGGUUCAAUGAAGAGAGUGACCCUUUUUCUAAACCUAGUAUCGUGAUUAGCUUUAAUAUAACUCAUUAUCAUGGUGUUUAUAAUAUUAUUACUGUAUUAGCCAUUGACCAUCUUAUGUUUACUUCAAUUGGUGCUGAUUAAUGAAAAGAUGUUGAUUAGUUGUUGGGUUGAAACUUGCUUUUCUUGAUGUCUGCUUGUAUUGUUGCUUGCAUAAUGCCUCCCUUCGGUAAUAGGAUUGUUCAAAGUGGCUUGGCCUCGAACACUUACAAGUACAUUUUAGAUACUCAUAAGUAGGUUCAUAUAAUUUACUUACAUUAAGUU